AAUAAGAACAUUAAACCACAUACGUCAAAGACUCGCAAAAGGUUUUUGCAUCACAAAAACAAUACAACGGAUCUCUGAAAUCACUUUAUCGUCACAACUUGUCCACACAAACAGACGGCGCGUUCUCUUUCCGCAGUAAACAUGUGGAUAUUGGUGUUGUUACUCGCCCCGGCGUGGGCCGAGGAUGUCAUAGUGACUACUGGCAAAGGAACUGUGGUCGGACAGACUACUAGCGAUGGAUAUAAGACCUUCUUCGGUGUGCCUUACGCUAAGGUGGACGAGGGGAAUCCUUUUGGUAACUCCUUGGAGCAGCCCGCCUUCGCGCAACCAUUCAAAGCCACAGACCCUAAUAUAUUUUGUCCCCAAGCGGGGAGAAUUGAAGGAGGAACACUCCAAUGUCUGACACUCAACAUUUACGUCCCUAAAGAUGCUAAUGCUAAUAAUAAAAAGGCGGUUUUUGUAUGGUUCUAUGGUGGCGGUUUCUUUGUCGGAUAUGCUGGCUUAUACGGCGGCAAAUAUUUGGUCCAACGUGACAUAGUAGUCGUUACUGUCAAUUACAGAUUAGGGCCAUAUGGUUUCCUUUGUUUGAACGAUCCCAAAGUACCAGGCAACCAGGGAUUGAAGGAUCAAAUCGCUGCUUUGAGGUGGAUCAAGGCAAAUAUCGGAGCGUUUGGUGGAGAUCCGACCAAAAUCGCAAUUGCUGGCGAAAGCUAUGGUGGCGGAGCUGUCGAUUUCCAUCUCUAUUCCAAAUAUGAACAGUUAUUCGAUAAAGCUAUAAUCCAAAGUGCUUCUGUUUUCACACCUUACAUAUUUGGCAAAGGCGAUUACAAUGCGGCUAAAGAACUAGCAGAAUUAAUGGGACAUAAGAGCUCGACUAAUGACGAUGCAAUUCGAUUUUUAGCAACAGCCAACCCGGUAGAAGUGAUGAAACUGUCACGCAACUUAACAAAUUCCCUACAGCCGUGCAAAGAGAAACAAUUCAAAGGCGUCCACAACUUCAUCACAACCGAUCCGUUCCAUUUCAAAAAGUCUGAUAAAGUUAAAAAUGCAAAAAUACUCAUUGGGCACAACAGUAAGGAGACUUUUAAUAUAUUCGCUGAUGGAGAUAAAGAUUUCUACAAGAGUCAGCAAAAUAUAUUCAGCGAGAAGUUAUCGGACAUAUUCGCACUUAAAAGAGAAGAAUUGGAAACGCUUACAAAGAUCGUUCGAGAUUUUUACUUAGGUGGAAAGCCGAUAGCAAAGUCAUCUAUGCUUGAACUGACUGACUUCUUGUCCGAUUUCAUGGGAAACCAUGCUGAGGAACGUUCAGUAAAUAAUUACCUUAAAAUAGGAGCUGAGAAAGUUUACAAAUACGUAUUUUCGUACAUUGGAAGCAGUCCAUACAAGGAUAUACCUGGAGCAGGGGCCAUACAUACUGAAGAGCUGGACUUUCUUUUCGAAAUAGCGCGUGACCCGAAGAAUCUCACAACUCCUGAGCAGAUUAUGAUGCGGGAUAGGAUGACGGAGAUGUGGGCUAACUUUGUGAAGUAUGGAGACCCAACACCGAGAGUGACAAAUUUGUUGCCAGUUAAAUGGACGCCAGUCACUACUGGCAAUGCCAGGCCGUACAUGAACAUAGACGUGAAUAUGGAAGUGGGCGACCACGUCAACCACGAGAGAAUGGCCUUCUGGGAUCUCAUAUGGCAUAAAUAUUGGAGGAAUUCUCCAUUGCUACAUUAGAAUUGUCGAAUCUCACUAUCAGUAAAUAUCCAUACGUCUCGUUAUUUUGCAAGUGUUUUUAUUAAUCAUUUACUAAAUUUAUUUCUUGUUUUUUAAGUACUUUAUAACAUGACAUCUAUAAAUAUAUGUACUUAAUUUAGGAAUCAAUAAAAGGAAUUAAAUAUUUUACAUGACCAACAUUUCUAAUGUCACCAAUAAAGAAUUUUCGAAUUUUC